ACAGAAACACCCAAGUCCCCACACACUAAGGGGAAUAAUCCGCACAGAACUCCAACACAACUCAUGUCACAGCAACCCCCAAGCGCUGAAACUCUCCGCAUCCACGAAGGCCUUGUUCUUCGAGGACCGUGUGGAGUAACGUUCCGCAACGCAAGUCGCUCGAUGUGGGGUGAAGCUUUCCGCAACAGACAUGAUGAACGGGGUAGCGGAGCUUACAAAAAGCCCGGGUCAGCCCCAGUGAGCCGUCGUCAUCGUCAAACCCCUCCUCGAACCCCCUCACGAGCCAGCUCGAGAUCGCCAUGGCCGCCCAAAACCUCACUCCGAAGGACUUCCAAAACGUCUUUCAUUGGGCGGAAACGCAGAAGAACGGAACGAUCCCCUCCUUCGCGACCCGCUCGAACGAUCCGUACACGUACCAGCCCGGCUUCAACAACAGCUUCGAGUCCGAGGCCAUCGCCGGCACGAUCCCGAGGGGUCAGAACAACCCUAGGAGCAUACGAUAUGGACUGUACGCGGAGCAGCUGACGGCUUCGUCGUUCGUCGCUCCUCGGCACGCGAACAAGAAAGCAUGGCUGUACCGUUCCCGACCAGCGGUGGCCCAUCAGGGAUUUACCGAGCUCCCCGACAACAAGGACACAGAGUCGACAUUCAUCCCCAUCAACCCCCGAGUUCACGUAUCGCCGACUCAGUUGGCCUGGAAGCCGUUUCCCAUCCCCGACGGAGAGGACGUCGACUUCGUCCAAGGCCUGAAGACCGUGGCAGGCUCGGGUGACCCGACGCUCCGAGAGGGCCUGGCCACCCACGUGUACCUGUGCAACAAGAGCAUGACGAAGAAGGCCUUUGCCAACUCGGACGGGGACUGGCUCAUCGUGCCGCAGCAGGGCGCCCUCGACAUCCAGACCGAGUUCGGAUUCCUCUACGUGCAGCCGGGCGAGAUCUGCGUCAUCCAGCGCGGCCUCCGCUUCAAGGUCAGGGUCGAGGGGCCGACGCGCGGCUACAUACUCGAGGUCUGGGGCUCCGGCUGGGAGCUGCCCGAGCUGGGCCCGCUGGGCGCCAACGGCCUGGCCAACGCCCGCGACUUCCUGCACCCCGUCGCGGCGUACGAGGUGACCAAGGACGACCCGUGGGACAUCGUCUACAAGCUGGGCGGCAAGUUCUUCAACAGCACGCAGCGGCACUGCCCGUUCGACGUCGUCGCGUGGCACGGCAACUACGUGCCCUACAAGUACGACCUGACCAAGUUCGUCGCCGUGGGCUCCAUCUCGGUCGACCACAUCGACCCGUCCAUCUUCUGCGUCCUGACGGCCAGGUCGAGGGACCCGACGGCGCCGCUGGCGGACUUCCUCAUCUUCUCGCCGAGGUGGGACGUCGCGUCGCACACGUACCGGCCGCCCUACUACCACCGCAACGCCGCGUCGGAGCUCAUGGGGCUGAUCUACGGCGAGUACGGCGGGCGGUCCGACGAGUUCCGGCCGGGGAGCAUCUCGUUCGAGUCCGGCUUCGUGCCCCACGGCGUCGCGUACGAGCAGUUCGCCGCGGCGUCGAGGGAGGACCCCCCCGCGAUGCAGAUCUCGCUCGGGUCCAUCGCCUUCAUGUUCGAGACGAGCCGGGCGCUGACCAUCACCGACUAUGCGUGGAACAGCGAGCAGAAGCACGAGCACGACCCCAAGAUGUGGGACGACCUCGUGGACAACUUCUCGAGCUUUGAGAUUGACCCCGAGUUGAUCAAGAACAGUGGGAGACGCUGAGGCCCCAGACACGGGGUUCUUGCAACGAGGGGGGGAGAGAGAGUCUUGCCCGGCGCCGGACUGUUUCGGUGGUGCACGCAUGCAAGUCAAAUGAAAGAAAGCAUGAUGGAAAUUGACUUAGCAGAUGCGUGUCAAUGAAUCCAUUCUUGCUCUACAUCAUGGUACGAAGAAAAAUCCACGGCCCUUGCUGUUAAAGUUUCCUACAUGAGAGGAUCGUAUACUGCCACGCUCGUGAGACUAUUUGCUGUAGCAGGCCCAAAAGCUCACAGUCUGGUGGAGCUGAUGUUGCAUUGUUCCAUAAUACACACCGACGUACUUAGGAGGAUUGUAUAAUCCAACAUCAUCUGAGUUAAAAAAGUGACACAUUUGACAACG